AUGUCAAAUACGGCUAAAACUGAUGGUGUUAAAAAACUAACCAAGGCACCAGGCGCUGCUAAAAAAGCAGCCCAAGCAGCUGGCUUAAAAAAAGAUCCCAAGCCUAAAAAAGUUGCUAAAAAGGCAACAAAAACCGAAGAUGGCAAAGAAAAGCCUAAGGAAGUCAAGAAGAAAAACAAUAGAAAGCGUUUUUUCCAAAAAGGAUUGCCGGCCGUUCCAGAAUCGGUUCUAAAACGGCGAAAGCGAAGGGAAUAUGCCAAGAAAGCUGCCGUUUUUAAAGCCUUAAAGGUAAAAGCUGCCGCUAGAAAACGAAGAAAGAUUAUUUUUAAACGUGCUGAAUCAUAUAUUAAAGAAUAUAGACAGAAAGAAAGAGACGAAAUUAGGCUUAGAAGACAAGCCAAAAAUAAAGGAAAUUACUAUAUUCCAGCUGAGGCGAACUUAGCCUUUGUUAUUCGUAUUAGAGGUAUCAAUCAAGUUGCUCCCAAGGUUAGAAAAGUGUUGCAAUUGUUCAGGCUAAAACAAAUAAAUAAUGGAGUUUUCAUGAAAUUGAAUAAGGCUACAAUUAAUAUGUUAAGAAUUUGUGAACCUUAUGUCACCUGGGGUUAUCCCAAUUUGAAGAGCGUCAGAGAGUUGAUUUAUAAAAGAGGAUUUGCAAAAGUCAAGAGGCAAAGAAUUCCAAUUACUUCAAAUGCUAUUAUCGAAACAUCUCUUGGAAAGUCUUGUAAUAUAAUUUGCGUCGAAGACCUUAUUCAUGAAAUCUUCACUGUUGGAAAGAAUUUCAGGCAUGCUACAAACUUUUUAUGGCCUUUCAAGAUCACAAUAAAAGGGUAUUCUUCCGAGUACUUGUUGUUUUAA